AUGAGGCAAGCGGGAGAUGUUCUGCACUGCGACAUCCUCGCUGAGCCUGGAACAGCUAUGGGCAGCAAGGGCUGCGGCCUCGUGGAGUUUGCCAGCGCAGCCGGCGCAGCGCGGGCCGUGAACCAGCUGACGGAUACCGCCGCUCGGCUACGCGUGGAGCGAGGCCGCAAAGUGUUCGUCGGGCGCUGCCCUUUGACAUGCAUUUGCCUGACCAGCCAUGACUCAGCAGCUCGGGUGUUCGAGGAACUUGCCGUACAGCGUCACGUGGCAGGCUGGCAGCGAAAGGUCGUGCGCUGUGACAUCUUGGCAGAGCCUGGAACUGCGCUUGGGUCCAAGGGUUGCGGUAUUGUGGAGUAUGCCUCCGCCUCUGCAGCCCAACGAGCCAUCCGGGAGCUGUGGGGCGCCCGACACGGAGAGGACGUGAAAGCAGGGCAGCGCUCCGUCGGAGUGCUCUCCAGUAUGACCAGCCUGAAAGACGACGUGAGGAGCUUCGAGUCCCCGUGCCUCGGCGAAGUGGCGAAGUCCUAUGAUGAGCGGAAAUGGCGGCCCAUCCACGGUGUGACCUGGCAGGAGCUCAAGGACCACAUGCGGGACGCCGGCACAGUUCUGUUCUGCCAGAUCUUGAAGGAGCCUGGAGCAACCAUGGGUGCCUCAGCAGCACAGCUUCUCGAAGCCGUUCUCGAAACAUGGGCAUAUAUGUAUAUAUAUAGAAAAAUAUAUAUAUAUAUAUAUAUAUGA